AUGGGUCAUCGACGUUACCUUCCCAAGGAUCACAGAUGGAGGAAUGACAAGAAGUCAUUUGAUAAUACAAUAGAGAAGAGGCUCCCACCAAAAACAUGUUCUGGAAUUGAGAUACUUAAUCAAGUGCAAGAUCUUGAAGGACAACCAUUAACAAAGGAUCCCAAGAAAAAGAGGAAGAUAUCACAUGAAAAAAGAAAUGAUAAUUGGAACAAGAAAAGUAUCUUUUUUGAACUUCCAUAUUGGAAAUCUCUCUUGUUGCGACAUAAUUUGGAUGUCAUGCAUAUUGAAAAAAAUAUAUGUGAUAAUAUCAUGGGGAUAAUCAUGAAUGUCAAAGGAAAGACAAAAGACACAAUUAACACUCGGUUAGACUUGAAGGAAAUGAACAUUCGGCUAGAAUUGCACCCUAUCCAAAGAGGGGAGAAAGUUGAAGUUCCAACUGCAUGCUACACAUUGUCGCCUGAAGAUAAGCACAAUUUAUGUCUUUUCUUGAAGAAUUUAAAGGUCCCUGAUGGAUUUUCAUCUAAUAUUUCUCAAUGUGUAAACUUGAAAGAUCACAAGAUAUCUGGAUUAAAAAGUCAUGAUUGUCAUAUUCUUUUGCAACAUAUUCUCCCUCUUGCUCUUCGUGGUAUGUUGUCCAAAGAAGUGUUUGAACCUCUUAUUGAGUUAUCAAAAUUUUUUUGUGUGCUUGGAUCAAAGGAGUUGAUGAUUGAUGACUUGACACAUAUUGAAGCACAAAUUCCCAUAAUACUUUGCAAGUUAGAAAAGGUCUUCCCUCCUUUUUUUGAUGUCAUGGUGCACUUGCCUGUUCAUUUAGCUGGUGCAGCACAGAUUGGUGGACCUAUUCAUUAUCGGUGGAUGUAUCCUAUUGAGCGAUGGUUAUAUUUUUUGAAAUCUCUCAUUGGUAAUAGGGCAUGUCCAAAAGAGUUUGCACAAAAUCAUAUAGAUACUGCUCAACACUUGACAGAUGCAGAAUGGAAUCAAGAAUUUAUUGAAUGGUUUAAAGAUAGGGUUGCACAAUUGCAUAAAGCAAAUAAUAGUCAGCUCAUGGAAGAUCUUCUCUCACUUUCACGUCGUCCUACCAAAUAUUCAACACAUUCUAAUGGCUACAUUGUUAAUGGAUAUAGAUUUCAUGUAGAAGAUCAUGAUCAAAUGUUAAGGACUCAAAAUUGUGGUGUUGUUGUAGUUGGCGAGAGUGAUAAAGAUAGUGAGAAUGUUGAUUACUAUGGAAUUUUAACAGAUGUGAUUGAAUUGCAAUUUAUCUCGAAUAAAAGAGUGAUUUUGUUUCGGUGUAACUGGUUUGAUGUGUAUGACAAAGUAAAAGGAGUUAAAAGAGAUGAGUAUGACUUCGUGAGUGUGAAUCCGAGUAGAUUUUUGAAAACAAAUGAGCCUUUUGUUUUAGUUAACCAAGCAUCUCAAGUGUUUUAUGCUAAUGAUAAUUCCAACAAAGGUUGGCAUGUAGUAAGGAAGACUCAACCUCGUGAUUCCUAUGAGAUGGGGAAACAAAUGGAUGAUGAUGAUGUUGUAGUUGACUUAGAAAGUCCUUCACAAAAGAAACAAAAAAGAAAUGAUGAGGUAAUGUUCAAUAUGAAAACUGAAAAUGUGGACGGAUCAAUUAUGAAGAGUACUAUCAGAUACUCAUUUGUUGCUCCCGGGACAAUUGGAAAAGGACGAGGACGAGGGCUUAAAUCUUUGACAUCAAAAGGAAAAGAUCCAACUAAGAGUUUAUUUUUUCAAUCUAGUGAUCUAGUUAAGCAAUACAUCCAAGAAGUUGAAACAAGUGCUAUUGGGAAGGGGCGACAAUAA